GAGGGCUGGGGUCGGGGAUACGCGCGACGCCCGGUCUGGCCCCGCCGCGGAGUCCCCGGCCCCUCGGGAUCCUGGCCCCGCGCCCGUCUCAUGCUUGGGCGGUCCCCGGCCACCCCCGCGCCCACCCUCCUGGGGCCUCCCGCUUGUAGAACCAACUCAGUUUGUCCCUCGUUCUUCGGCUGCCGAGGUCGGACCUGCGGUCGUGUGCCUCACGUUGAGCUGCGGGGGACCUCUGCCCCCAGGGUGGAAGCCCUGCCCUAUCGCCAUCAGGGAAAGGAGCCGGGCAGCGGGGCAAACAGUCCCCUUCCCGCGGCUCGGGCUUCUCGGCCAGCGGCCCGCUGGCGCACAGUGGGGCUUGGCUCUAGGAGCGUGCGGCGGCAGCCCUGUUGGCACCCAGGGACAUGGAGGAAUUCCGGCGCUCCUACAGCCGGCUGUGCGAGGAGAGUGGGGCCCAGCCCCAGGAGUCUGUCCUGCAGCGACUGCACGAGCUGCCGCCCGGCCGGCUGGACCUGGCCACACAGAGCCUGACAGUGGACACUUGCAGGGCCCUGGGCAAGCUGCUGCGGAAUGAGGCACUUCUGACGGAGCUUGUCCUGAGCGACUGCAUGCUGAGCGAGGAAGGGGCCACUCUGCUGCUCCAGGGGCUGUGUACCAACACCGUUCUGCGGUUUCUCGAUCUAAAGGGUGGGUUACUGGCCCGCCUCCUCCUGUCCCAGGGCAAUAACCUUCGGGCUGCAGGGGCUGAAGCUCUGGGAAGACUCCUCCGACAGAACAGGUCCAUUCAGAGCCUCACCCUGGAGUGGAACAACCUGGGCGCGUGGGAAGACGCCUUUGCCACCUUCUGCAGGGCUCUGGCGGGCAACAGCACCCUGCGGCAGCUGGACCUGCGCAACAACCAGGUCAGCCACAAGGGCGCCGAGGAGCUGGCCCUGGUGCUGAAGAGCCAUCCCAGCCUCCAGCAGCUGGACCUGCGCUGGAAUAACAUCGGCCUCCUGGGGGGCCGAGCCCUGGCGAACUGUCUCCCCAGCAACAGAACCCUGUGGAGGCUGGAGCUGGCUGGGAACAGCGUUCCCAGCGACAUCCUCAGAGCCGUGGAGCAAGCCAUGGACCACAACCAGGACAGGGAGGCCACCCUCCGGGAGAACCAGGCCCGCACCCGCGUGCUCAGCAAGGAGGUGCGGCAUCUCCGGGAGGAGAAGUCCAAGCAGUUUCUGGACUUGAUGGAGACCAUCGACAAGCAGCGAGAGGAGAUGGCCAGGAGCAGCCGGACAACGGCAGCACGUGUAGGGCAGCUUCAGGAAGCCCUAAACGAGAGGCACUCCGUCAUCAAUGCUCUCAAGGCCAAGCUGCAGAUGGCCGAGGCCGCCCAGGCUCUAUCGGAGCAGAAAGCCCAGGACCUGGGGGAACUCCUGGCCACUGCAAAGCAGGAGCAGCAGAGCCUGGUGCAGAAGCAGGCCAGGGAGCACAGGCUGGAGCAGCAGGAAGCUGCGGAGCGGGAGUCUAAGCUGCUGAGAGACUUGUCUGCUGCCAACGAGAAGAACCUGCUUCUGCGAAACCAGGUGGACGAGCUAGAGCGGAAGGUGAAGUCGCAGCAGGACCAGCUGUUCCUGACCAGGCAGGAGCUGACCAACACGUCAGCCGAGCUGAAGAUGCGGGCCAUCCGGGCUGAGGAGCGCCUGGAGCUGGAGAAGAAGAGGUCCCGGCAGAGCCUGGAGGACUCGGAGCAGCUGCGCCUCAAAGAGGUGGAGCACAUGACUCGCCACCUGGAGGAGAGCGAGCGGGCCAUGCAGGAGAGAGUGCAGCGGCUGGAGGCUGUGCGGCUGUCCCUGGAGGAGGAGCUGAGCCGGGUGAAGGCGGCGGUGCUCAGUGAGCGUGGCCAGGCCGAGGGGGAGCUCAUCAAGGCCAAGAACCAAGCCCGACUGGAGGAGCAGCAGCGCCUGGCUCACCUGGAGGAGAAGCUGCGGCUGCUGGCACAGGCACGGGACGAGGUGCAGAGCGCCUGCCUGCAGCAGAGGCAGACAGCGGCUGAAGCCCAGGCACGGGCCAGCCAGCUGGGCCUGCAGGUGGAGGGCCUGAGGCGGCGCUUGGAGGAGCUGCAGCAGGAGUUGAGUAACAAGGACCAAGAAAAGGUGGCUGAGGUGACCAGGGUGCGGGUGGAGCUCCAGGAGCAGAACGGCCGCCUGCGGGCUGAGCUGACGGCCCAGGAAGCCUUGAAGGAGAAAGUGGCAGCCCUGGAGCGCCAGCUGAAAGUGAUUGCAAGUGACCACCGGGAGGCGCUGCUGGACAGAGAGAGCGAGAUCUCCUCUCUUCGGGAGAAACUACGGCUCAAGGAGGCGGAAGUGGCCAGGAUCCGGGAUGAGGAGGCCCAGAGGGCCAGCUUCCUGCAAAAUGCUGUCCUGGCUUACGUGCAGGGGUCCCCGCUGAGGGCUUUGAGCCCUCAAAAGUGAGGAGAGGCAGGAAGGUGGCUCUCGGGACAGGCCAUCGGGGUCUGGGGGUGCUUGGGCAGGUGUACAGCUGGUGACUUGGAAAGUUAGUGCCAAGAUGGAUUGUCCGUCAAGAGGGGCUGCUGCAGCUCGCCGUGUGGGGUGCUUGGCGCAGAGCCUGUCUGGCCAAGAGGGCUGGAGUGGACAGUGCGCCAGACGCUGAUGCAGCUGAGGGAACGUGCCCGUGAUGGAAGGAAAGUUGGGGGAGCAGAGCCUGAGCGCUCCCAGCCGGGCUCCCAGGGCUUCACAGCCUGUUUUUACAAGGUAACCAUGGAGGCAGCAGCUGACUGCCUACUGAUUGAAAUACAGAACUUUUGUACUUUGUGAUACA